AAUAUCUAUUUCAUUGCAGCUACGAAGGAACCAAAAAACAUAUCGAAAACAACUCCCAAAAUAGUAUAUGAUCCUUCUGUCACUAGUACUCCUCGGUACCAUGUAAAUUCCAAUCUGAAUUCUUUAUGGGUUUACCGACCAAAUUCCUAUGACUCUAAUUUGCGGGAUGAGUUCGGUACGCGUAGAGCGCUCAUUACAAUUCCUCAUUCUCUGACCAAACUUGCCAAAACUCUUUCUUUGGAUUUUAACCCUUAUUUCAAUAAGGGUUAUUUCGAACCAUUUGAGUGGCGACCGCGACCUGUUACUCUUGUUGCUUUGAGGAAAAACGGUCAUGUGCCGCGACGCACUAUAAAGGUUGAAGAAAAAAUAUCAACUGAUGUAGCAGAACUGCAAUCACCAUACAACGACGUAAGCAAGUUUUGGCAAGACGAGCCUGGAGAGUCACAGAAAUAAUGCACUAGAAUUGUGGCACGCAAUAUCUAUAAGUUUAAUAAUCAAUAAUUUUGUAAAUACAUACCUAUAAAUUUCACAACAAUGACUCUACAUUAUUUGGCUUAAUGGUUUCUAGUGCCCGAUUGAAGUUUCGUUUUUCGAUUCAGAUUCAUAAUGAUCAAAUAAGACCUCUAUAACGUAGAUAUAGGGAAGUCGAUAAAGUAUAAUAGCAUCAGAAAAAAAAUGUUUUAUAUUUUUAGCUUGGUCAUAUUAAUAAGAAAACAAAAUUGUUAAUUUAUUUUUAGAUAGCAUUAUCUUCAAACAAAAAAUUUAAUUAUUUUACCUAUUUUAAGUCAUUACUAUUAUUACACACUUUUGAUAGUCCAUUUUUUUGCAACUUUACUAAUGAAGAUUUAUUUAUAACAAUUUUCGUUAUUAAAAAUGAUUUGUGAUAUCCAGACAUAAGUAAGUAGGUAAGUGUCUACCUAUAUAGAAACUUAAAUGCUUACCUACCUAAGUCAAAUGUAUAAAAGGUAGCUUGGUAAAGUAAUAAUAAAUAUUAAAGUUUA